CGUGGGAGCGUCCAGAGAGGCCAAAUAGUCUUUGGGACUCUCUCUCUCUCUCUCUCUCUCGUCGUCGUCGUCGGCGGCAGAUCCCAGGCCCAGCUUUCUUCUGUGCACUCUUCUUCGCCGGAUGGAUGAGUGUGUGUGUGUGUGGUGUGUCGUUUUGGGGCUGGUCUUCUUCUUCUUCUACAUCCAUCCAUCCAUCCCUCAUCCAUUCAUUCGCUGGAGGAGGUGUCUGCUGCUGUCUGCUGCUGUCCGUCCGUGUGUGUGUAUGCGUGUGAGUGUGUUUGUCCGCGGCGGUCAUCCUCCAAGUGUUAGUUAGGAAUGGAGGAGAGUGAGAGAGUGAACAUCAUCACCAUAACCAUCUCGAAGGAGCAGCAGCAGCAGCAGUAGCAGCACAUCGAGGAGCCAGCAGGCUCCAGAGGGAGACGGACGACGGAGAGGGAGCCACAGACUGGGUGUGUAUGUGAUGUGAUGUGAAGUGAAGUGAUGUGAUGUGAUGGGAAGUGAUGUACUCUCGGUGCCACAGUGCAUAGCUGCCGAUAGGAAGGCCGUCGAGCAAGAGGCCAGUGCUCAAGAAAAGUGAUAAUAAACACGGUGCAUAAGAGAGAGAGAGAGAGAGAGAGAGAGAGAGAGAGAGAGAGAGAGAGAGAGAGAGAGAGAGAGAGAGAGAGUGAGAGAGAGAGAGAGAGAGAGAGGAAACGAGGGAGAAAGAGAGAGGCCGGUGACCUGGAAAAGUGGGAAAAAGAAAGUGUAGUGAAAAAGUGCUGAUAACGAAGAAGAAAAAACGAUACGGAAAUAAUGUGUGGAAAAAGAAGAAGAAGAAAUGCCCCUAGAUUUCAUUAGCUUGUUCUAGCUCCUCCUCCUCCUCCUCCACCUCCUCCUCCUCCUCCUCCUCCUCCUCCUCCUCCUCCUCCUCCUCCUCCUCCACCUACAACUGCGGGAUGGUGGGCAAGGGGAAACGCCCAUAUAAGGUAUGGGACAGCGGAAGGCAAAUUCGGAAAGGUCUCGUCGUCUCCUCAUUCAACGAAUUGAUAGAAAAAGGCCGCGAAAAAUUAGAACUUGGUGAGGUGCGCAUUAAAGUUGUGUUGGAAGCAGAUGGAACCCAGGUCGAAGACGCAGAGUACUUUUGCACCCUGCCGGAAAACACCGUCUUCCUCCUUCUACGACAAGGGGAGCACUGGUACCCUGCCGGCGUAGAGGUCCUAAGACAAGCCAUCACAGCCAUACCCAAGAUCGUAUGUGAGACCAUCUACUCGCUCGGCCUGCACGAUGAAGCGCCUGUGUGGAAGGUUAUGGAUAGUUACGGCAAGAUCACCGUCGUCUUGUCCUGGGAUCCCACCUCGCGAGGAGGCCAAUUUAACGCGUCUUCGUCCCCCCGGAAGCCGCCUUCCGCCACCGCUCGGGUCAUAGUAAGCGGCGUGGGCGAAAGUACCAUCCAGCGACACGAUUACUUAGUCACCCAGUCCUCCAUCGGGUCCACGCCCUCUCCCGCGCAAACCGCCCCCAUCGGCGGCAGCAAGUCACCCGUGCCGGCAGCGGGUGCUGCUGUCCACGGCACCAUCACGACCAUCCUGCGCGACGGGAAGAAGGAGACGCUUAUCAAUGACAUAGGGCCCGCCUCGUCCGCUCCACCUCCACCUUCCCACCAGGCCACUGUGAUAAACCACGACCCUGAGCAUAAAAGUUCCUACAUGGGUGGCAGCGGAGGUGUAGCUACCGCGGCGAUGGUGGGUCGCCUGUCAAGACAAGGGUCGUCAGUGGAGUCGUCGCAUUCAGCCACCGUGCACAUCCACACGCCCGAGUGCUGCCAGUACGGCCACCCGCACACCCCGCAGCCGAGGACGAGGGCCUCUCCCACCGGGGAUCAGGCCGAGUGCGACUUUCACUGCUGUUCAUUGCACGAAGAAGGCGGCCGCAUUCAGGCAAGUGGCCAACAUCACCAUCAUCAUCACCAUCUACAUCAACAGCCACAACAGCCACAGCAACCACAGCAGCAGCAGCAGCCACAGCAGCAGCAACAGCAGCAGCAGCAGCAGCAGCAACAGGUUCAUAAAGCGGUAGCUACAUCCCCAGUACAAGAGGGUGCUCCACCACCAUCCCAGCGGCCACCAAUCCAUCACACUCACCCAGCCAGCCAAAGCCCAGGCAGUAAAGCUCAGUCUCAGGCUCAGCCCGCAGGUGCUGGCACUGCUGCUGCAGCAGCAGCAGCAGCAGCUUCGGCAGCAGUUGCACCAAAGGGGAGCUCGCACGUUCGUUUUAUGCCUGACUACCGCUCAGUCAACUUGAAGGACAAAGCCCGUGCAGACCAAGAGAGUUCCGAGUCAGAGACUGAAAACACCACUAAUGAUGAGGAGGCUCACACGACAGAGAAGUUCCUCUUGCUCAUAGAUCAGCUCUCUGUCGAUACAAAGAAGCACCUGUCCAUCAAAGACAUUGGUGUUAUCUUAGAUCGUCUUUCUUCUAAAAUUAUUGAUGUUGAAAAGUUAGAUAGAGAAGCGGAGGAAGAAGACUGCUUUAACUGGACAAUCAAAGCAACAAUCCGUGGUGACAGCCUUCGGGAACUUGGUGUAGUUUACAAUGGACAUUAUUAUUCCAUUAGUGAACACCCAGGUUAUGGGCAAAAGAAGGAAGAGGAAGAAGAAGAAGAAGAAGAGGGAGUCAAUGCAGAUGAAAAGGAACCUGAAAAGGAACCAGUGUGACUGCGUCAAACUCCCAGUAUUUGUUGGGAAAAAACCUGGUUUAAUUUGGCAGGUGACAAAACGCAGGUUCACCCGUUACCCAAAACCAGUAAUCUUGGCUUGUGUUUGUGUGCGUGUUUUCCUUGAUUUCAACUUACUUUGACAGGAACGAAAAUGCCAAUGACAUUUUGAAUUACAAAGACUGAAAAGAGGGGACAAUCCAAGAGAAGGGUCGCGGUUCAAACUGUUUUUUUAGAAAGACCCCGUUCCCCUAGCGUCACCGCAGACCCCUUCUCUCCCCUCUCCCCAGACACAUACACAAGGCAAAGCACAGUAACAAAAAGCUCGCUUUGAGUCAGUGACCUACCAACAGCAACAAUGAAAACAGCCGCAGGGGACAUUCUUGUUCGAUGGCCUGUAGCAAAAGGCAUUUGCUGCUACGCCCACCUCAGCUUUGCAUACUCAAAGGAGGAUGGACAAGCCAUCUUUGCAGGGUGUUGUCCCGUUGUUUUAGCAGACAAUCGAUGAACUGACUCUUAGCAGCGCCAUAUUUUAGUAUCUCCUCAACCAACACCACAACCUGAAAUUGUUUCAUGAUUGGCAAAACCGUAGACAAGACAAAACCAAUGUCCUGUUCCAAGCUCCAAAGAUCAACAAAGACACGCCACAUUCACCACAACUAGUGCCAUCUACUGUAUGAGAGUUUCACUAGCGGUACCUAGUGGAUAAAGACUCAUUAGUGACCAAGUGCCCAGGCACUGGCUAGUGCCACAUGAUGUACAGAGGCUCACUAGUUUCACUGAUUGUGCCAGUGCAUACUAGUGCUCCAUAUGUACAGUGCCUCACUAGUGUUGCUUGAUGGGCAAUUGUUAAACCCCCAAUACCUAUCUAUUGUGUAAACCUAAAUAGUGUCACCUCAUGUGGUUAAGGACAGUUUGUCCCAUAAUUAUUUUCCAUGAAAAAAACUUAUUUAUAAUCCCAGAUUUGGAAUCCAUUGUAUCUGGGGAAUGAAUGAAUGAAAAUAAGUUAGUGAAGUCCCAGGUUUUGGGAUCUGACAAUGCAUGUGGCCGACAUGCGCCCCUUCCCCUCUCCACUUAGGGGAUCACAUGAACUCACCAAUGGAAAGGACAUUAGAAGUGAACUUUGUAGUUAGAAAGAUAUUCUAUAUUUUGAAGAAAAACAAAUGUUGGCGGCCAUUGCACAGACCUUUUUUGGCAUGUAGGAUGCAUAUUGUGGAAGACAUUGCCGCCGCGCCGAACCAUGCUCAAACUCAACAGGAGAUUAUAAAACGUCUCGUUAACAUUGCUCUUCUGUCUACUAGUUGUUCAGCCGAGAGGCCAUGCUGCCAAGUUUUUAGAUAAUGCCAGAAACCACUUUAUGUAUUAGUGCGAUGAUUAUGACGACAAAAAUAUCCAGAGCCCUGAAAGUGUUGUUGUUAUUGUUGGUGUUCUCUGCUUGCAGACCAGAGAUCGCGUGGGGUGUGUUAUCAAGCAUCCUCGUCAGCCACUCUGAAUGAACCUCUCCAGCGUCCACCUCCUCUUCUGUUGAUGCCACAAUACCUACCAUACCAUUUCAUAACUGACAAAGAUUUUAGCCAAAUGUUGAACUACUCGUGGAAGGAAAUGACGUUCAGAGUGGCUUGCGGAAGGGGAAAACCAUAUUUCCUUGUUUAUCCAUUUUCUAUUUAGAAGUGGAAGGACAAAUUUGCGGAUUUUGAUGGGGUUGAUAAUGCCCGAGCGCUGUGCCUUCCAAUGCCACCAGUUAAAUAAUUAGGUAUCCUUUUCGUGAGGGAAUGCGCUGGGUGGGUAUCCACGGGCAUAAUAUUCAGGUUAAGCGAACGGGGUACCGUGAGGGGCAGAAUGAGUUCAGAUCAUGAGAGUAUGCGCGCCUGUCUGUGUGUCAGUGUACGUGAGAGAGAGAGAGAGAGAGAGAGAGAGAGAGAGAGAGAGAGGUAAGUGCUCUCAUGAGAGAGAGAGAGAGAGAGAGAGAGAGAGAGAGAGAGAGCGCGAUAGUUUGAAAUUUCCGAAUAAAGUCGAAUUUUUAAUGGGAGAUGACUCUUGUCUCCCAUUUUUGGAUUAAUCAGAUGUUUAGUUAAGCUAAACACGUUUUAAACGUGAUCGUAAUUUGUCAUUUGUCGAAGGUGGAUGAAAAAUGGUACUCAAACAGUCAGUAUCUUACAGACUGAAGUAGUUGUGUGUGUGUGUGUGUGUGUGUGUGCGGGUGAGAGAGAGAGAGAGAGAGAGAGAGAGAGAGAAGAGGCACCCAUCUUCGUCUACCGUUUGCCGGUCGCUUAACCUCCCCCCCUCCCCACCCUAUUGUUUUUUGGUGCAUGCCAGGUGCAUUUUUGAAGACCGCCAAAGGAAGGUCGUGUCUGACAAACCUUUUGUCUCUGCCGUAUGUCGUCUGAAUUCCAUAAACAUUAGGCUGGUCCAUAAUUACGGUAUUUUAGCUUGGGGCUACACAGUCAGUUCUCUGUUAACCCGGUUUGAACCUUUUCUGUUGAUUCCAGUCUUGCACUUAUGCAAAUGAAAAAAUAAGAAUAAAAAUAUCAAAUCACUGCCUAUAUGAUUAUUAGUAUUUCUAUAAUAUCUACUUGAUUAUAGAACCUUAGAUUUUACUCUUUACUGUAAAUCAAUUUUGAUGCUGUAAUAUAACACUCAUUCAUCAUUGUUCCACUUCUUUAGAUCGAUAGAAAAUUCAAGUUUAGCCUUUUCGUCCCCUGGCUGCUGCAGGGCGAGAUCAGGUUCCAAAUAGGUAAGGUUAUGUUAGGUUGUGUUUGGAUAGGUUAGCUAUGGUUAGGUCGUAGGCCACAACAAACCAAUAAUUAUGAGAAGCUCUUUCAAAAUCCACUUGUUCAACAAAGCUCGUCAUGGACUGAACGGACGAAGGAGGACGAGGAGGAGGAGGAGGAGGACGAGGAGGAGGACGAGGAGGAGGAGGAGGAGGAGGAGGAGGAGGAGGAGAAGAAGAAGAAUUGGAGGGAUUUGAGAAGGAGGAGAUUGAGGAGACUUAAAGCCCGCUGUGACUGUUGUUAAGAGGGAACUGACUGCUUAUGAAUAAUUUGCGAAGCCAUAUUGCCAAAUGGAAGAGUGGCCAUUUAUUGUGAACCUUUCUGGGCUCUUAGUAAGUCUGAAAUGGAAGAUUUUUUAACAUUGUGUAAAAAAGAUAAACUUUUAACUAUCAUCUAGCGAUCUAUCACGUUUUAGCUAGUUAUUACGAAAUCUUGUAAAUGUGUAUAACCACACAUACAGUAUAUAAACUGCAAUAUAUGUAAAGUCAAUAUUUUCAUAUUUCUUAUCGAUUAAUGUAUACUUGUAUUGGAGAAGUCAUAGAUGCUCGUAAUAUAAAACAAUCCACAGACGGAGAAGAAGAAAAAGACGAAGAAAGUUUUUAGCCAUCGAAGACAUUUGGAUAAGAUAAAGUGAUUGCGUGUGUGCGAGUGAGUG